ACCCCUCCCCUGCCCUCAUUCUCUCCUUCUGUGUGCGAUCAACUGAAGGGAGGUGCUCAGAUGGGAACAAGGAAAGGGAGUCACCAAGCCCCGAGGGAGAGGACUCGAGCGCACACACACACACACAAAUACACCGUAGGAGAGACAUGGGAGUCUGAUGAGCGGCGGAAUGGGUCCUUCUGAACUGUAGGUUCACGUUUGUGGAGAGGACAAACGGAAGGGGCCGGACACGGGAGACGGACACAGGAAUUCCAGGAUGGGAUCCCCUGUGGCGUUCACGUGUCUGCUGGUGGCGCUCUCCACCCUGGGAGGGAACCACUCGGUGUCCGCGGGCUGUUCCGGCCGAUGCUGCCGGGGCAGAGACCUCAGCUGUCUGACCACCGGCUGGAGGAUGGACCGCACGCACGGGACGUGCUACUGCGACGAGGGCUGCGCGAGGACCAGGGACUGCUGCUUCGACUACUUCACAGAAUGUCCAGCUCAGGACUGCGCCGUGAGCGGCUGGAGCUAUUGGAGCGGCUGUGCCGCGGCCUGCCAGGCUUCAGUGAGGGUCCGGGUGCGUCACGUGGAGCAGCGGCCCAGUAACAGCGGGGAACCCUGUCCCAGUCUGGAGCAGCGCAGCGGCUGCAUGGAGUACAGAGACCGCGGGGGGGUGCGCUGUGUACUGAACUCAGGUCCCGCGUUCAUCACCAGCAUGGAGUUUGGAAAGGGAAGGCCGAAGCACGACAACUACGGAAACCCCCUGGACCCCGGGUUCUGCGUGGAAUUCACGCUGGAGACCCGGACGCCCCAUUGUACAGUGGAGAACCGGCCACACACGCACUGGAUGCGCUACAUAGCAGAAGGAUUUAAAGUGUGUGUGGCGUGUGAACCUCCUGCCAUGCACAACAGCGGCAGCUGCCAAGGCGACGGUCUGGAAUCGGAGAAAGAAGCUUUGCUCCACUGGCAGGCGGUGGGGAACCAUCAGUGCAGCGGGACCUGGAAGAAGAUCCGGAGAACGCAGCGCUGCACCUGUCCGCCGCAACACAGCUUCGUCUUCAUCUGACCGCGGACACGCCGACCGGGCGUCCCCCACGGUGACAUUUCACAGCCGGGCCACCGCCUUUGAAUGGCAUCGCGACUCGAAAGAGGAGGCACUGAAAUGUUGUGUCUUAUAAAAUACUAUGCUACUGAGAUAAGUGUGUUUAACUAUUACCGUGUGCACGUCGCCACUGUUCUGCGUUACUUUACAGCUCACCAUGUAAGGACGUGUUUGAAACUUGUUCAGUAUUUCACCCUUUUUAUUACACAUUAAGCAGCUAUCAAAGACAUUUUGUAAUCAUUUGGCGUCGGGCCAACACCCCCGAACUGUUACAUUAUUGGACGAUAAAGUACAGCCUCUCGUACCUUAUUUCUUUAACACAACAUACUUAUAAUAGUUAAUACAGCGUCGUGCCGCCUUUCUAGCUUGAACAGCUUCUGUAAUAACUCACGGUUAUCUUAAUUAGCUUUUAUAUGCAAGAAAAUAAAAUAUCUGUGCACACAAGUUAAUAAAUCUCUUUGCUCCUGUGGUUUUUAUUGACUAUUGAUUUCCUCGAGAUUAAAGUAUUACUUGUAGCAAAAAGUCUGCAGUGUAAAUGAUUUGGAUUACUUUAACACAACUGGAAGAUGUUCUUCUCUCAGGAUGAAAUAGAUCAGGCAUCAUAUCUUCCUAAAUGUAAGGAUAUAUUAUAUCGGUACAUAUGUUGGCUUGACGGUCCCUUUAUUUUCCUGCUUAUAUUGACGUCAUGUUUGCAGCAGGUGCAAAUGAGACGAGCUGAUUAGGCACGAGUGCACAGUUUGUCCACUGUGACGGAAUGUGUUGUUUUGUGUAUUUAAUUGGUUUGUAUUUCAUGCACGAAAAGCGGCAAACGAAAAGAACUUAAGAUCUCCUGUCAUUUGCGUUAAGAAAACGAAAUCCACGUGUCUGCAGCUCAAUUGCGGCUGAGGAAUCUACGCCAACGAAGGAACGCCGCCACAACCUUAUUUAUCUGCAUUCGACAUGUCUCCGGGGUAUAAGACUUUCACUUUUGCAGGUCGUGGAGGUGCAGGUCAAAGCUAAUGGCGAAAACAAUAGUUAAUAUGUUGCAAGGGGUUAAAUUGGUGAGGGAGUUUUCCACAUGUGAAGUAAAGGCUGCGGAAUGCCUUAAAUAUCAAAUGCAUCCCUUCAUAGAAGGCCACGGACUGAGCUCAAUUCCUAAAUAUGUGUUCAGAGCCCUCUAGUGGCACAUUGUCUCAGUACAAAAACAAUAAAAAAGCAAGACACUGAAGACACAAAAGUAGCAUCUUCAGAAAAUAACUUA